UUUAAAGUUGGGAGUGUCAUGUACCCAGUCCCUCAAAAUGUAUCACCUGUGCAAUGGAUUCUGGCCCAGGUGGCGGCCAAGUGUGGUGUCUCUGACAGGCGACAGCUCACCGACAGUCUAUUACACCUCAUUAACUUAGACUCUAACAUCACAAACGUUGCCUCUGCUCCAUCAGAUUCAUCAGUCCCUGUAUCUCAUAAUUUCCCCUAUCAGUACCAUCCUCAUCAACUGCAGGGAAGCCUGCAAGGAACUUCUAGUGAAAAUCAGUUUGCUGGAUUUCUUGCCUCCAUAAACCAAAGCAACGGUCACAGUACAAAUAGUAGUCAUCUCUACACCAUAAGUGGCAAUAGUCUAAGUGGUGGUGGCAGUCAUUGUGGUAAUUCUGGUGUAAAUAGUGUUGGUGGAGCUAGUGUUUCUGGUGGUGGUGGUGGUGGACACAUCUCAAGUCAACAAGGUGAAGAUUACACACCUCAGGGCCUUUCGACUUGCGAUCAUUUGGACCUAGUGAACCCCAUAGAAAGUGGUUUGUUUUUGACACCCUCGAGUAACACCGCAGACAACCUCUUGAGUGGGUCUUGUUGGCUUGGUGGGCCUCAUAUCAGGAUGGUGUUACCUGUAUGUGGCCAAGAGAUAGUAACAAUAACAAAGACAAGUAGCAGCCAUAGCACCUCUUCAAAGAAUUCUACCAACAACAACAAUAGUAACAGCAAGAACAUUAGUAACGGCAAUAACAACCAUAACAAAAAGCAUAAGAACCACUAUAACAACAAGACUGAGCAGGGUGAUCAUAGCAAUCAGUAUAGUGUCCGUGGCAGUAAGCAAGAAAGUUUAGGCCAUGACACUUGUAGUGCAGCACAGGACAAGGAGAAGCAUGACAGCGAGCGGCUCUCACACCCAAAGGUACCUGUGGCCAAUAAAGCAGUUGAUGCAAAGGAGGUGGAGAAACUCCUGCAGGAUGCCCUCUGGAAGGGCAGUCAGCAGCAGAAGAAAAGCGAUAAUAGGUCGGAGUGUGCCAGCAGCAGUGGAGGCAGCGACACGGGCUACUCGUCACGCUGCUCCACUCCCCCUGGACCUCAGAGCCUAUCUCUCGACCACACACUAGAUGCCGCCGAGCCCAAGCUUGCCACUAAACGGCAUCUGGAUGUGCCUGGCAGGAGGGGCAACAACAGCCGGGAUUCGCGGAGUGAGUCCCCAAGCACUUCCAGCGUCAGUUCUCAGGGAUCAUACCACAACCCACGCCAGAAGAGGAGAUACAAUACCAAUGCUGAUGGCCAGAACACACAGCCUCAUCACCAGCAGCAUCACCGUUAUCACCAGAACCAUCGUCCACAUCUCAAUCAACAUCAUCCUUCACAUCAUCAGUAUCAUUAUCAGCAACAAAUCUCCGCCCAGCAGGGUGGUGUUGUAGGUGGAAGGGGGAACCAUCUGUACUACAACUCUUUUCCAGAUGUAGCGAACAGAGACUGCACCAACUAUCAUAACCGAAGAUAUGAGCGAGGUUAUAAUAAUUAUGGUUAUCAUGGGCACUAUGAUUAUUAUCCUUCACAUCAUCACUACAACAAUAGUGAUGGAAGAUAUAAUCAUGGGUACAAUAACAGGUACCAUAACAACCACAGAAACCACUACAACAACCACUGCCCUCCACAUAACACUAAAAAUAAUAGGGACCAAGGCAAACUGCCAGUGAGUGAACGUGCCGGGACUUUCAGCAGUGAGCGAAUAAAUACAAACUUCCAGUGGAAGAGUGAAGUGGUGGGAACUCCUAGUGAUCUGUUAAAUGGGUCAGAGUGGGACAACCUUUCACAGCAAGUUUGGGACACGUUCCAGUGCCACCAGCAGACGGACAAAACCUUUGUUAAGAAGAUGAAACUGAAGGAGAAGAUUUUCAAAGUGAUUAGGAACGUCCUACCCAUGUGUCGCUUGUUUGUGGUGGGAUCCUCUCUAAGUGGCUUUGGUGCUGACAGUAGUGACGUAGACAUGUGCCUCAUGGUGACGCCCGGGGACCUCGACCAGCGCAGGGAGGCCACAGCUGUUCUCCGCCUGCUACAGAGAGAACUGAACAAUUGUGGUUUCAUUCAGAAGAUGGAACUGAUCCGAGCUAAAGUUCCCAUCCUCAAGUUCAGAGACUCUGACUCGGAAAUUGAUGUAGAUCUCAACUGUAACAAUGCUGUAGGGAUCCGCAACACUCACCUUCUGAACUCCUAUUCUCAGUUGGAUUGGCGAGUUCGUCCCCUGGUGCUGGUAGUGAAGCUCUGGGCACACUACCAUGAUAUAAACAAUGCCAAGGACAUGACCAUUUCCUCAUAUUCUUUAGUCCUCAUGGUCAUACAUUACCUGCAGCAUGGAACAGAGCCACCUUUAUUGCCAUGCCUUCAGAGGGCUUUUGGUGAGAAAUUCCGGCCCAACGCUCACAUCCUCAGCAGCCCAGUCACUGAAAAGAUGCCCAAUUUCACAUCAAACAACCAUGACAGCUUAGGAAAACUUUUCCAUGGGUUCCUGGACUAUUUUGCGAAUACUUUCACAUUUAUAGAGGACACAAUCUCAGUAAGGACUGGAGGAACCAUGCCAACGAGUCAGUGCCGUUCUGUCAGGUCUCGCAAGAACGAUUCCCGCAUGUGGAAAUAUCUGUGCAUUGAAGAACCUUUUGAUCUGACCAACACAGCAAGAUCUGUUUAUGAUGAGGAAGUAUUUGAAAGAGUGAAAAAGGUGUUUGGGGAUUCUUUCAAACUCUUGGCUGAAUCAAAGGAUCUGUCAACCAUCAUACCAUUUGUGAAGCCAGUCACCCCAAGUUGAGAGAUAAGGCUGUAAAACUAUACAUGCGAUGGUUUUCAUGAGAGGUUCUUCAAGUGAUAUUAGUUGUGGGUAAUGUAAGCAUCAUCUAUAAUAAUAACAAAAGAUUUUUAUAUAUAUAUAUACAUACUUCCAAGAUGCUGCUUAGAGGUUGUAAAGGAAUAAUAAGAAUACUUUUUUGUGAAAAUUAUGUAAUAGUAUUAUUAGAUAUAUUCUGCUUAUCCCAUGUAUUAUAAAAAUAUUAAAUUCAUUGGAGCAUAAUCCACCUUCUAAAGUAAAGGAUUUGAGGUAAUAUAAACUGAGUUGUGAAAAAGGGAUGAGUUGUAUAUAUGAAUAUUUUGAGUUGUGAUUUUGAAGCAGUGAUAUAAUAACCCUGUCUGAUGGUAUUCUCCUCAAGAAAUAGCAAAAAAACAGAGCUGUCCAGUGUGUAACCUAAUUUAAUAAAACAUGAGCAACUCAGUUAUUACCAGACAAGAAAAACUUUUAAAAUAUUAUGAUGAAGAGUAGAAAAGUAUCAUAUAUUAAUUACUCUGUAUUUCUGCUGCACUUAUAAUGCCAGUAAAACAGGAGAGAUGCAUGUGUUACAGAUGAGGCUCAAUUACUUGUAAGUUGAAUAGUGAAUCCCCCUCCCCCCUGACAAGUAUUUUAUUAGUUUGUUUUUUCAAGAUUUGGGAUUUUUUUAUCAUGGAAUUAAGAUCAAAGCCACAGUAACUGUGACAGAUUUUAAUCAGCCUCUGUUGAUUAUGUUAUUCCGGAUCACUGACAGUUAGAUUUGAUGUUCAUUUGCCCAUUUUAUUACCAUUUAUUUUUGCUUACCAUAACAUUUCUUUGAAGUGCCCAGUUGCAGAUGUUUAAGGGUGUAGGUAAAUUAUGGUAGGUUGCAUUUAAAAAAAAAAAGGAAAAAAAGAACUUAUAUUAGCAUUUGAAAUUAUGGGGAAAAGUUUGGUUAUUUCCACAGAGUUUAUCAAUAAUUUUUAUUUGUUUAUUAAUGUUUAGCCUUUUUUUCUGAAUGAGUCAGUGUUUGUCACUAGAAACUGGCAGCAUUAACAUUAAUUUAAGCUUAUGAUAUAUGCCUCCACUUUGUUGGACUCUUUAAUAUUGGUAAAUGUCACCUUUGUGUGCUUCUUCUUUUUGGUUACUAGAUGUUAGUUUUGACAGCCCUGCUUCAUAGUUUUAUAUAAAGUAAGAAUUUCUUGCUUUAUACUCCAUGAACCCAAAUCACUUAUUUUUCAAAAUGAAAAGUGACAUCGUCACAAAUAAAUAGACAUAAAUAUAUUGACUGCAGAUUCAGCCAUUAGACUUAGUGAGUUAGGAAAGAUCCAUAAAUACAAGCACAAAAAUGUUGACAAAAGAAGUUUGUGCUUUGAGGUAUUAUAAACAGACAGACACUGACAAAGCUGUCUUUUUCUUCCUUUUUUUUUUAUAUUUAAUUUUUUUUUAGAUGUUUGACUGAAAUUUUGAACCUAAAUUUAUUACUGAAAGAUUAUGUUGUAAAUAUUCAUGUGUGUACUUUUACAUUUAUAUUUAUUUUAUUUUUUUCAUAGAAAAGUACAUAUAAUUUGUAGAUUCCUUACCCCCCUCUCCUCUUUUUUUUUUUUUUUUUUUUUUUCCCCCCUCCUUUGCCCCCUUUUUAUUUUGGGGUCUACUCUUCUCUUUUCUGUCACUCUAUUUCUAAAAUUAAAAGCAUCAAAUUUAGAUGUAUCUGUGUAUGGGAGGAACAAGAAGGAAGACCAGGAUUAGUCGAAAAGGGCUCCCGUUCACCUGCCUUCGUAGCCUCCGCACUGUUGUUCUUCCCUCUGGCAGAGUGGCACAGGGACCCCUGCUUGGAGUGGGAUUGUAUUGCAUUUCAAAAAUCACUGGUGGAAAGGGGGAAGAUUUUUCUUUUCUUUUUAUGAUGUGCAUAUAUUUAACAUCUUUGUUAAUAAGGGAUAAAGAAUAUUAGAGUAAGUGAAAACACAUAUUUAGAUAAUAUUAGAGCAUAUGGAGAUAAAUGAAUAUAUAUAUAUAACUUUAAAAUAUACCAGUUUCAGUUAUCUUGCCUGUGUGAUUGUCGUAUGAAUUGCAUAGAUGAUUACAGAAGGGAUUACUGAAGGUAAAUAUGAGGUUUAUUAUAUUAGUCAUAAUCUUAAAACAAAAUACUGCUUUUGAUGCUGUAUUUAAAAGAAAAAAAAUGAGAUAAAGUGCAAAAUUCCUUUGCGGGUAUUAAAAAAAAAAAAGAAGAUAUUAAUCCAGUAGUAUAACUAACAUGGCUGUGGUACUGGACUGUACUUAUUUAUUUCAUAUUAUAGGCAAUAUUUGUGUGAUAUGCUGCUCUGUGUUGUUGACAAUCCUGAUAUGUGAUGUGCCUGUUCCUUUUAAUGGCAUUUAAUGGCAGCCUGAUGUGUCGUUCCUGUUCAUUAUUUUUUAUUGUUCAUAAUGUAUGAGAUGGAAUCUUAGUGUUUAUAUGAAGAUUGUGUUUACUCGAUAAUGCCUCUGUAAAUAGUAUAGGUUGGAUGAGGUAGGGCGAUCACUUCAGGCUGUUAUUGACAAAUUUAUAUUUUACACUUUCUAGGUUCUUUAGAUUUAUAUUUCUGUUUAUUUUCCAUUGAGAAUAUUUGUUUAUGACAAUGUGUCUUGGCAAGUAAGGUUGCAUUAUUUGUCUUUUGACUUAGCAAAUUGUAUGCUCCGCUUGUCCCUUUUUUUUUUCUUCUUUCGCUUUUCUCUUUUUGUAUCAGGUUAAAGACAGUAAGGAGUAGGUGUGCACCAUGUUUGCAUUCCAUUGUUGCUACUUCAGGUGUAAACACUGUCAUGCCUCACAUAUAUACCUCAGGAUAAGUGGCCAGAACUGGAUCAUAAGGGGAGGUUCUCAGAGUUUUGAAUAGAAGUAUGGACAAGAUACCUAUAUUGUGGGCUCUUCAAUUUGUUCUGAAAUGAUGAUGGUGAUGUUUUAGUUGUGUUAUCAUUGUCAGGGGAGAUGAAUAAGAUCAAUUUAUAUUGGGAUAUUAAAGUUAUCAGAGGGAAAUUGUGUCACAUGUUAUAUUUAAAUACAUGAAAAUUAUAAGGUAAAAGAGUUCUGUGAAGUGCUUGACAUUAUGACACAGAAAAAUUUGUCCUUACUAAAGUGUAAUUUAUCUUUACAGCCAAGGCUGGCUUGGGGAAUUGAAGGUAUUUGGUAAGGAGAAAAGAGAAGGAUAUAGAUAAAGGAUUCAUUUUGACAAAAGAGAUUAAGCCUGAGUGAAAUUGAUAUAAAGAUGUAUUGAAAGUAUUGCUAGUAUUUUAGGCAAAAAAAAAAAAAAAAGUGACUACCAAUAAAGUUUAAUUAGUUUUCAAAAAAAAUAUAUAUAUAUUAUUCUUUUUUUUAGGGAAAUAUUCAGAGUUGCUUCUGUGCCCAUUAUUUGACGUGAUUUAGUUGUCAGUAGUCAACUUGGUUGUGUAGUCUGACUGAUAUUAUUUUUAAGUAAACUUCAAAUAAAGGAAAUAAUGCAUUGCUCAGCAUAUGAACCUUUUUAUGAUUGAUAACACAAUCCAAAAUCUAUUGACUCGUGGAUGCAAGUGAUUGAAUGUCCAGGCUUUGUUUGAUGCACAAGUCUUGGGAAUAGAUUUUCAGUGACAUGCGUAUCAACAGCAUCUUUUAGCCAUAGUCCUCGAUCAGGGUGUCUUUCAGUUUAACAUAUGUCUUUGGGAUGUAUUUUUUAUAUGAAUACUUUACAGUUACUUCAAGUGCCUAAGAUUUAACAUUUAGAGAUGUGUAGUUGAAAGAAAGUUACUAUAAUUAGUAUUACUGAUCAAGAAAACCUCUUCAGGGUUAACGUUUGAGCUUUUUGCAGCCACUGCGUUUGGUUGCGGUAAUAUUUGUUUUCCUUUGUUUUUUUUGUUUUUUUCUCUUUUUCUCUUUUUUCCUGAAAAGUGCUAAUGAAAUUGCAAGGACCAGUCAUUUCUAUAAAUACUUACAAAGUGUAUGAUUUCAGUUUUUGUAUUUCAUUGCCUUUCUUCAAAAAUAUUAUUAUUGUAAUUAUUAUUAUUAUUAUUAUUUUUUUAUUAUUAUUAUUAUUACUAUUAUUAAUUUUUUAUUAUUACUCUUUAAUUUUUGUUUUUUCGUUAUUUUUGUAUGAAUUAUUAUAAUUAUUAUUUUGUUGAUUAUAGAUGUUAUACUGUUAUUGUUAUUACUUGUGAUUAUGCUUAACCCCAUUAUACUUUGGUUUGUAAUCUCCUUGCAAUAGAUUUCACUCAAUGUGGUCCCUUUAUACAUAUUGUCACUUGCAGCUGAGGGAUUGAUAAUUUUAUGAUUAUUUAUUUAUUCAUUAAUGUUGUUAUUAUUAUUUUUAUUAUUAUUGUUGUUAUUAUUAUUAUUAUCAUUAUUAUUGUUAUUAUUAUUAAUUGUAUAAUUUUUUAUUAUUGUUUUAAUUAAUGUUGUUAUUAAUUUCCUUAUUUUUAUUAUCAUUAUUUGAUUUUAUUAUUUACCAUUAUCAUUUACAUACCACAAUUAUUACUAAUCAUCAUCAGUGUAUAUUUUUCUCUCUCCAUAAUCAUCGUCAUCAUCAUCAUCAUUACUGCUAUCACAUACUCCAACCACUUAUGCCUUACCCAUACUCCUAAUUACUUUUACUGAUAUAUGAAACAUCUCUUGCUGGUUUCUUGAUAUUACUAUUACAAAAGUUCACAGCUCCCUUUAUUAUUUUGAACACUGUGACUAUCAGUUCCUCUUGUCUCUGUUCAUACCACUUCUGUUUCCACUGUCACUGUCAACACAGUAAUGUUGAUGGUGAUGCUCAUUUGAUAUGUGAUUCUCCUUUCUUCUCUCUCACUUUUUUCUCUUUUUUCUCUUUUUUUCUUUUAAAUGAAUUUCAAAAUAUUUGAAAUGUCAUGAAAAAAAAAAAAAUCCUCUAGGCUUCCGACAGAAGGAAUUUCUGAGGGCUUGUUCGUCCAAAAAAUGUCCAUGUUGGAAGGAGGUUAUUUGCACUGUAUGAUGAUCCCCCCACCCCCUUUUUUCUCCUAAGCUUUUGGUGUGAGCCACUUGGAUUCACACGAGGUCCAUCUUGCAGAAGGCAUUUACUCGUAGAAAGAUGGGGAGAUAGCUCGGGAGUGUAUUCUCCCAGGAAGAGACGUUCAAGACAUUCCUGUAAGAUUGCAUUAAGCUGCUGCCAAUAGUUAUGGUGAAUAAUGUAGAUGUCCAUUAUAUAUAGAUAAUGGCAGAAAAGUGGAAGCUGCUUUGAGCUCACUUUUACCUAGGCCAGGAUUGCAUAUGUAAAAUGGCUUCAGGUUUAGGUUUGGAUUCUGUUUGAUGUUUGUAUUGAUGUUGAUAACUUAGGAAUGGACCCAGACAUUAAAGGUCCAAUUUGAAAUCAUGAAAAUGUGUGUACUCACCAUUGAUAACCUAAUAUGGUCCAUGUAAACUUAUAUUAACAACUUACAAUACAUGGGAUAAAUAACAGGUUAACCAUAAAGGUGUUUUUUGCACGUUUAUCACCAUAAUUGGUUGAACUUUUGUGCUCUCAUGAAUUUGUGUGACUGCCAUUCAUACAUCGGAUUGUGGGCCAUACCUUAUUCACAAGUUACUGUCAAAAUUAUAUAUAUAUAUAUAUAUAUAUAUAUAUAUAUAUAUAUAUAUAUAUAUAUAUAUAUAUAUAUAUAUAUAUAUAUAUAUAUAACAUUGAUUCUGAAUAGAAACCAGGGGUGAAAUGCAACCAUGGCGUGUUUAGUUAUCAGUUAAAGUCACUUGAAAUUUUUGGUGGCACCUUAGUGGUCCCCAGAUUUUUAUCUUCAAGUGGAUAUUUUUAUGAGUUGUUAUAGAACGGAGGUAGAUAUUACAUGGUUGAUGUUCCCCUCAAUUUAUAACAGGGUGUGCCUCAGUCACAGAAAAGACGCACAUGGCAAUAUUGUUUAUCAAAAAGGGUAAACUAACACGUCUAUUUUCAUCGUUUUUGCAUCAAAGCCACGUUUGGUUUGGCGCUGUUUAAUUUAGACGUUACUCCCUUUUUUGUCUCUCUUGCAUUGCUCAUAGAACGAAACUUAUUGCUGUUCAACUUUUUUUUUUUUUUUUUUUUUUUUUCUUUCUUUUUUUUCUUUUUUUUUUCCAAAGAAGUCUGUGAAUGAUGCAUUCCCUGAAUCCCUCUCAAAUACGCUGGUAAGUGUUGUGACAGAUGAUUUCAACCUUGUUAAACAGCGAGGUUGAGGUUUGAGUACACAACACACACCUCUCACAAGUACAAGGUUUUCAUCAUUUAUUUUUUUGGUGCUGAGUUGCCAGAUACCGUUGUCUUGCGUUCUUGUAGGCCACAAUAUGCCUCUACUUACAAUAAAGGUAAAUUGCAUUC